AUGAUUAAAUGGCCCGACACACUAGCAGAAGCAGGAACGCCCACUUGCAUUGCAGUCACUGAAACGUGGCUGAAACCAGACGUUACAAUCACAGGAUUACACUCACCAGGAUUCAUGGCCUAUCGAUGGGAUCGCACUGAUGGUCGCAUCGGAGGUGGUUCCCUAGUACUCGUAGCGGAACACCUAACACAAACAGCCGUAACCAACCUGUGGACAGCAAACAUCCAAUCCACCGGGUGCUUUCUAAAACAACCCCAAAGCGAAGUUGAAAUAAUGUGCACAUACCGUAGUCCUUGGUUUUCCACAGAGGAGGAUGACCAAUUGAUCGCCUACCUAAGGCAAGUAGUGGGUCAAGCCAAGUGGGUUCAGCUUUUGAGUCGACUGGCUGAGGGAAACGCAACAUCCAGCAGUUUCGGAGAGAAAUUGCUUGACUUAUUGCUCACCAAAGACCGUGAUUCAUCACAUCAAACACCCAACGAGAUGGAAACCAGGUGCUCCUAUAGAGCAUUGGACACUGAGGGUCUCCUCCUGGCAGCGUCACAACUCCAAUGGCCGGAGGAUGCGACAGAGGUCCAUGAGACUUGGGACCAAGUUAAAACGAACCUCAUCUUGUUGGCCGACGCCUUUGCAACAUCCACCAUUAGUACUUGA